AUGGCCGAGGACAAGAAAUAUUCUGGAGAGUUCGUCCGCGAGACUUAUCCUGGUGACGAUAUCCAACAUGGCCAAGUGACCGACAACUCCGACGACUUGCAGCGUCAUCUUGGUAACCGUCAAAUCCAACUCAUUGCGAUUGGUGGUUCUAUUGGAACUGCUCUCUUUGUGUCCAUUGGAGGUGCUCUCAACAAGGGUGGUCCCCUCGGUAUACUCCUCGCAUACACUGGAUACUCUUGCAUCAUCGCUCUCGUGAACAACGCCAUGGCUGAAAUGGCCAGUUUCAUGCCCGUGUCCGGAGGUUUCAUUCGAAUGGCCGGACACUGGGUCGAUGAGUCCCUAGGCUUCAUGGCCGGCUGGAACUUCUUCUUCUACGAAGCUCUGCUGAUUCCUUUCGAAAUCACAGCUCUCAACAUUGUGCUGCGAUACUGGAGAGAUGACAUACCAGUCGCUGCUGUCUGUGCGGCCGUCAUCGUUCUAUAUGCUGCUUGCAACAUCUUGGCUGUAAAGGCAUACGGUGAGGCAGAAUUUUGGCUCUCUGGAGGCAAGGUCCUGCUGAUCCUGAUUCUCUACUGCUUCACCUUCGUCACCAUGGUUGGAGGUAACCCUCAGAAGGAUGCCUAUGGCUUCCGACACUGGCGCGACCCUGGCCCAAUGCCCGGCAGCAGCGAUCUUGGACGUUUCGAAGGCUUCCUAGGUUCUCUUUGGGCUGCGUCCUUCUGUAUCGUUGGUCCCGAGUACAUCUCCAUGGUCUCCGGUGAGGCUAAGCGUCCUCGCGCGUACAUCAAGACCGCGUUCAAGACUGUGUACUUCCGAUUUGGUGCCUUCUUCAUCCUUGGUGCUCUUUGCGUCGGCAUCGUUUUGGCAUACAACGACCCAGAGCUUGUCAGCGUCUUGGCAGCUGGUGAGAGCAGUGCUGCUGCCUCUCCCUACGUCAUUGCUAUGAAGAAUCUCAACAUCGGCGGCCUUCCCCACCUUGUCAACGCCCUCUUGAUCACGAGUAUCUUCUCUGCGGGUAACACGUACACUUACUGCGCGACUCGCAGUCUGUACUCGCUUGCUAUUGAGGGCCGUGCCCCCAAGAUCCUGCGCAAGUGCACCAAGAACGGUGUUCCGAUCUACUGCUUCUGUGUAGUCAUGAUCUUCCCGUUCUUGUCUUUCCUGCAAUUGUCGGACGACUCCGCCAAAGUCCUGACCUGGCUCACCAACAUCAUCACUGCUGGUGGUGUCAUUAACUACAUCGUCAUGUGCGGCACCUACCUUGCUUUCUACAAGGCUUGCAAAGUUCAAGGCCUCGACCGAAAGACGCUCCCUUACUGCGGUUACUUCCAGCCAUAUGGUACCUGGAUUGCGCUCUGCUUCGAGAUUUGCGUUGUCUUUGUGUAUGGUUACAGCACCUUCAAGCCCGGCAACUUCACCCUUGAGUCUUUCUUCACAUACUACACCAUGGUUGGCGUUGCCCCGAUCCUGUUCAUCUUCUGGAAACUCUUUAAGAGGACCAAGUGGCUGAAGCCACAUGAGGUUGACCUUGUCUGGGAUGCUCCUCUCAUCGAUGCCUACGAGGCCUCCUUCAUCACACCACCUGUCGGCUUCUGGACUGAGAUGUUGCAACUUAUCGGACUGAAGCGUAACGUCCCCGUGGACAAGCGUGCUGUUUGA